CGCUCCCGCCGCCGCGGCUCGCCGGGCCCCGCCGCCAUGGCCUUCACCUUCGCCGCCUUCUGCUACAUGCUGGCGCUGCUGCUCACCGCCGCCCUCAUCUUCUUCGCCAUCUGGCAUAUUAUUGCAUUUGAUGAGCUGAAGACAGAUUACAAGAACCCUAUAGACCAAUGUAACACACUUAAUCCUACAGUUGAAAAGGUCAAAAAGAUUAAAAGAGUCAAAAUUGCAUUAAAGCUUGUGCUUCCAGAGUACCUCAUCCAUGCAUUCUUCUGUGUUAUGUUUCUCUGUGCAGCAGAGUGGCUUACACUGGGUCUCAAUAUGCCUUUGUUGGCUUAUCAUAUUUGGAGGUACAUGAGUAGACCUGUGAUGAGUGGCCCUGGUCUGUAUGAUCCUACAACCAUCAUGAAUGCAGAUAUUUUAGCCUAUUGCCAGAAAGAAGGAUGGUGCAAAUUAGCAUUCUACCUUCUAUCAUUUUUUUACUACCUAUACGGCAUGAUUUAUGUUCUGGUGAGCUCUUAAGAAGACAUCCAGCAAGCUUUGUUCCAGUUAAGUGCAUGCAAAAGCCACAAAACAUGGAUUCUUGACGACGAGAACCUCUUACCAAGAUUGACUACGGAACCUGAUGAUCGCGUUCGCGUUAGGAAACGACGCCUCCCCUAUUUUUAAAACACUUCCACAUUUUAUAUUUGUGGAAAGACUGUUUUCUUAUCUUUUACUGGGACACUGAAAUCAAAGAAUUACAUGUAAGCUGAUGUAAAGAUGAUGGGGUUUUGGAAAGUCCUGACUUUGCACUCCGUGAGGAACAGCUGUCAUCUCCAGUAGGUGUUGUGGCUGAUGAGCCGUAGCGCAGGAGGGGGUUGCUUUGGGCUGGGCUUCCUAGCAGCUCCUUUGGACUCAUGUCCCACUCCAACCACAAGCCAGCUGGAGCUGCCAAGGGCUUGGGAAGGACUGGAAGUGUCAUGGCCUUUCCCUGUAGGUGACGUUGGUCUUAAGAGAUGACUUCAUGGGCACAAUUGCAAAAAUAGCAGUUCUGUUUUAUUUUUCUGUCUGGUUCAUUUUUCCCUGUCUGUGCAUGGUUCAGACAUUUCUGUAUCCUCACCUGGCUUGAAUCUCAAGCAUGUGUCCUUGUGGAAGGAAGAAGCUGAAUUGUCCACAAAGGAGUAAAUUUAAGUUAUGAUUUUUUUCUUUAAUGUCUGUGCUGUCUUAUUAACAAACAAACAAACCUACAACCUUUGUCAAGCCCAAUGAUGAAAAUACUCGAGUUAAAAGAGUAAUACUACAGACCUUCUCAAAGCAGAAAGUGAGAUUUUGAAACUGCCCUGCUGUUCCUUAGUGCAAUAAAUAAUAAAACAAAAAGUCUCCAAUUCAGGAACACUUA